AUGAAUGACAAUAAAAAAUCGAGUGGGUACCAUGAAGCUUUCGAAGGUUGGAGGAUCGGUAGGGGCAUACAUCUCAUCAAGCGAGGCCUGUUUGGUGGCUGUCCUCAGGCAACGAACUAUCUAUCUAUCUAUCUAUCUAUCAAAGAAUGUUUUACCUAUUCAUCUAUCUAUCUAUCUAUCUAUCUAUCUAUCUAUCUAUCUAUCUAUCUAUCUCAGAGUUAUCUAAACGAGUUCCUAUCUAUCUAUCUAUCUAUCUAUCUAUCUAUCUAUCUAUCUAUCUAUCUAUCUAAGCAUGUUCUAAUCUAUCUAUCUAUUUAUCUAUCUAUCUAUCUAUCUAUCUAUCAAAGCAUGUUUGACCUAUCUAUCUAUCUAUCUAUCUCAGAUUUAUCUAAACUAGUUCCUAUCUAUCUAUCUAUCUAUCUAUUAUCUAUCUAUCUAUCUAUCUAUCUAUCUAUCUCAGCAAAUAAUAUUUCCGUAUAUAAUUACUAUCUAUCUAUCUAUCUAUCUAUCGCAGCCUGUUUAGAUUUAUCGAUCUCAGCCUGUUCAGAUCGAUCUAUCUCAGUUGUUCAUAUCUAUCUAUCUAUCUAUCUAUCUAUCUAUCUAUCUAUCUAUCUAUCAGCCUCUUCAGAUCUAUCUAUCUAUCUAUCUAUCUAUCUAUCUAUCUAUCUAUUUCAGCCUCUUCAAAUUUAUCGAUCUCAGCCUGUUCAGAUCGAUCUAUCUCAGUCUGUUCAUAUCUAUCUAUCUAUCUAUCUAUCUAUCUAUCUAUCUAUCUAUCAGCCUCUUCAGAUUUAUCUCUCUAUCUCAGCAUCUUUAGAUCUAUCUAUCUAUCUAUCUAUCUAUCUAUCUAUCUCAGCCUCUUCAAAUUUAUCGAUCUCAGCCUGUUUAGAUCGAUCUAUCUCAGUCUGUUCAUAUCUAUCUAUCUAUCUAUCUAUCUAUCUAUCUAUCUAUCUAUGUCGAUAG